AUGUAAAAAAUUGAAUCCUCUUAUAUCAAAUCUAAUAAUGUAAUCGAAAGAGAAAAAAGUUAAAUUUUUAGUAUGUAUCAAUAUAAGAGUUAGAUCAAUAAUAUAAAUAAACCAAUUGAUACAUAGCCAUAAUAAAAAUUUGGUUAUGAGCAAUACUUAAUAUUGAUUGAUGAGUAAGAGAAGGACUUAUUCAAAUUAAGUGAAUUGAAAAAUUAAUACUCAAGAUAAAAAUGA